AUGUCGCUUGCACUCAACAGGACGGACCUCCUGGUCGUGACAGGGGCUCUAUUCCUCACCUUGCUCACUACUCGAUUCAUUCGUGCUGCCCAGAGGUAUCAUCUCCCUCCAGGACCCACCCGCAUACCGCUGCUGGGAAACCUGCACCAAGUCCCGUUGCGUGAUCAGCAGAAAACGUUUGCUGAAUGGGUCAGGAAAUAUGGGGAUAUCAUAUACAUCCAGCUGCUCAGCAAGCCGUUCCUGAUCGUGAGCUCCGUUCAAGCCGCGCAGGAUCUCAUGGAGAAGCGGGCAGUCAAGUAUUCUGACAGACCCUAUUUUCUCUUGCUCUGCCAGUUUGUUAUGACGAGGCCCCUCAUGAUCCUUAUGCAACAUGAUGACAGGUGGAGGCGUCUGCGACGAUGGUAUCAAGGAUCACUCGAGAACAAGUCGGUACUGGACGGCUAUCGCCCGGUGCAGAGAAGGGAGAUUGGGCGACUCCUGUCGUCGCUCGUCGAGGCUCCCAAGGACUUUAUACCACACAUCAAGCGGUAUAAUGGUGCUGUGAUGUUGGAUAUCGCAUAUGGGCACCGCGUCACCUCUGUGGAAGAUGAGUUUAUGGUGUUCGCCGACAAGACGAUAUCCACUAUCACGAACCUGGGGAGUAUCGCUGCAACCUUGGUCGACUUCUUCCCAAUCUUGAGAUACUUCCCCGCAUGGGUGCCAGGUGGCGGUUUCAAGAAGCAAGCACUGAUGGCCAAAGAAAUGUGGGAUGAAAUGGAAGAUAUCCCGUACCGCAAGCUACGCCACGAAAUGGAUUCGGACGCCGUGAACCGCUCGUUUACGACGUUUAUGAUCGGUGAGGUGUCACAAGACGGCAAGCUCGGGGCGGAUGAUGAAAAUGACAUCAAGGGCUCAGCGACUUUGAUGUAUGCAGCUGCGCACGCUACUGUGCAGACGAUGACCACGCUGUCAAGCUUCGUCCUGGCGAUGACCCUGCACCCUGAAGUUGCACGCAAAGCGCAGGCUGAAAUCGACCAAGUAGUUGGGACGUCCCGGCUGCCAGAGCUAGAUGACAAGGACUCCCUUCCCUACCUUGAAUGCAUCAUUAAGGAGUUAUACCGCUGGAAUCCUCCUGCCCCUCUUGGCGUGCCUCACAGUCUACGCGUCGAUGAUAAUUACCGUGGGUAUGACAUCCCGGGUGGAUCCAUGAUUGUUCCCAACGUCUGGGCUAUGAGCCGGGACUCCGCCCUAUAUCCCGACGCAGAGACAUUUAGACCAGAGCGUUUCGAAGGGCUAGAUGCCGAAGCGAUGAACACCCGUGAUCCUCGAAAGUACAUAUUCGGAUUCGGCCGACGUAUCUGCCCUGGACGUUACCUCGCCGAUUCGAGCGUCUGGCUCGUAAUGGCGAGUGUCCUGGCGAGUAUGGACAUAGGGAGAGCGCAUGAUGCCGCUGGUCGUGAGAUUAUCCCAACGCCAUCAUUCAACGACGGAAUCGUCAGUCAUGUCAAGCCUUUCCAAUGCACUAUCCGACCGAGGUCGGGACGCGCGGCUCAAUUAAUCAGGGAGUUCACAGAACAGACAGCAGAGACUGCGAGCGCCUGA